AUGGGAUCCCAAACACCUCUUAAGCUACCAGUCAUCGACUUCACCACACCUGGUGCACUAAAACAAGGCAGUCCUGAGUGGGAUUCACUGAAAGUUCAAGUAAGGGAAGCACUGAAAGAGUAUGGUUGCUUUGAGGCUGUGUACGACGGACUUCCGCCGGAGCUCCGAAAGUCCCAUUUCGGUGUCGUGGAAGAGCUUUUCAAUCUCCCUACCGAUGUUAAAAAGCUUAAUGUUUAUGAAAAACCCUUUCAUGGCUACCGUGGUCACGACCCCACGGUGUACGAAACCAUGGGGGUUGACCGUGCCAACGUCUUCCAAGAAGUUGAAAACUUCACCAACACAUUGUGGCCUCAAGGGAAUCCCAAUUUAAGCAAAACUAUACACUCUUUCUCUAGACAGGUAGCAGAGUUAGAUGGUGUUGUUAGAAGGAUGCUGUUGGAAAGCUUGGGAAUUGAGAAAUACUGGGAGGAACAUAUCAACUCGAGCGACUAUGUGCUUAGGGUGAAUAGAUAUUUACCAUCUAAAAAUGGUGAUGAGUCCCAUCUUGGGGUACUUUCUCACACUGAUAAAACAUUGACCUCCAUAUUGUUUGAAAAUGAAGUGGGUGGUCUAGAGAUACAGACAAAACAAGGAGACUGGAUCAGUGUCAAACUAUCUUCGAAUUCUGUUCUUUUCAUGGUUGGGGAAGCUCUCUAUGCAUGGGCAAAUGGGCAUCUGCACGAUGCGGCUCAUCGUGUAAUGAUGAGAGGAAAUAUAACAAGGUACUCGACAGGGCUGUUUACAGUCCCAAGAGCAGGCUACAUGUUGAAGGUUCCAAAAGAGCUGGUGGACGAAGAACACCCUUUGCAAUUCAAACCUUUUGAUUUUUUCAAAUACCUCAACUUCUUCUUAACUCAACAGUAUAAUCCUGUUUCAACUGUCCCCGAAGUUUCCAACAUUAAAGCUUAUUGUGGCAUAGGCUCUAGCUAGAUCUUAGUACGGAUAGUGCAUUGCUACUGCAUGCAUGCAUGCACAAGUUAUAUGUUUGUAAUGUUCUUAUUUGUGUGGUGUAUUUCUUAUAUUGUUUUGUUGCUGUGUGAUGGAGAAUAGUCUCCACGAUUGUCAAGGGUUUAUGUAGCCUCUAGUAUGUACUGUUAGGGUGCAGUUACAAGUCCAUGUACCAACUCAGCCUAUCUUCCAGUUAUAGUAUUAUGCCUUCUAGUGCUAGUUUAAAUGUGCAGUUGUAUUACGUUUAAACUUUGUGGGGGUAGUUUAGUAGUUAUCUUGUAAUGUUGUAGUCAUAAGCGUGUUAUGAUGGAGUGUGGUGUGUCCAA